AUGAAUAUAGAUCCGCCACGACCACAACGACCUGAUAUAAUAGAGAGAGAAGUUGUUGGAAAGAGCCCUGCUUUAAGAGAGGAUCAUCAUCCUCCUCCCCCACCUUCAACCAACAAUUCACAUCACACUCACGAUCAUCCUAGUGGCAUGGAUCUAAAUUCAGAUAUACCUGAACACUAUGAUCUCGAAAAUGCAAGUUCUAUAGCGCCUUCAGACAUAGAUAUUGUAUAUCACUAUAAAGGUUUCAGAGAGGCUCCUGGUGUUCGCAAAUACAAAGCUACGCCACCACCUAUUGCUGGGUAUCAUCAUAAACAUCAAACGCCUCAACAUCGGCAUUCACCACACCAUCCCAGCGGCUAUCCACCAAGAGUUUUACCUCAAGCUUCUCAACCACCUCCACAACCAAGGCAGCAUCAAACUACGCCAUUAGCUCGCCUAUCACCCAGUAGUGAACUAAGUCAGCAACCAAGAAUUUUAACAUUGCAUGAUAUAUCGGGAAAACCACUACAAAGCGCUUUAUUGGCAACAACUUCCAGUUCAGGAGGUGUAGGAAAAGAUGCAUUACAUAGCAACAGCGAACGCAGUUUAAAUAGUCCCGUUAUGUCCCAGUUAAGUGGACAAAGUUCUUCAGCUGGCAGAAAAACACCCAGCGCAGCACCGCAAGUUCCUCAAGUUGUUUCUGUAGGAUCUGGUGCUGUAGGCUUAACUGCAGAAGAAAUCGAAAGAAUGAACGCUAGACAAAGAACAUCCAGUUUAGUAUCGACUUUAGAUGCUGUGUCAAGUUCCAGUGAAGCUCCACGAGGGGGAGGAGUUAGUCACCACAUGUCACACAGACAUCAUUCACCACCAGUUGACAAUAGAAGUUCGACGGGAUCAGAUGAUGAAAGUGGUAACGAUAGCUUUACGUGCUCGGAGAUCGAGUAUGAUAAUAAUAGCAUAAGUGCUGAUAAAUCUGAAGAUGUGAGACGGCAGAAUGUUAGUAGUGGAAACAAUAAUAAGAAGCCAAUCUUGCCGCCGCCCUAUGAAAGUUUUGAUUCGUCCUUUCGAGGUUCGUUGAGCACUUUAGUUGCAUCUGAUGAUGAUUUAUCCCCUCAUGUGGGCGCAGCUCUUUAUAGGCAAGCAAAUGGAUCUCCUGCGCCAGCGACUCUAGGAUGGGAUUAUUUUUUAAACUGGGGUCCAAAUUUUGAAAGUAUGAUUGGAGUGUUCAAAGAUAUAGCCGAAUUACCAGAUGCAGUAAAUGGUCGAAUGUCUUCCUCUUUAAGGCUACCGAAUGGUACUCCGAAACCAUCGGAAGAAUAUGUU